GCAAAGGCCACUUCCGCUACCACUGGCAGAGCCACAAUGUCAAACAGAGCGGAGUGGAUGACAUGGUCCUCCUCUCCAAGAUCUCCGAAGACUCCAUCGUGGAGAACCUCAAGAAGCGCUACAUGGACGACUACAUCUUCACCUACAUUGGAUCCGUCUUGAUCUCUGUGAAUCCCUUCAAGCAGAUGCCGUAUUUCGGGGAGAAAGAGGUCGAGAUGUACCAAGGAGCGGCUCAGUAUGAGAACCCGCCCCACAUCUAUGCUCUAGCGGACAACAUGUACCGGAACAUGAUCAUCGACAGGGAGAACCAGUGCGUCAUCAUCAGUGGCGAAAGCGGUGCUGGGAAGACGGUGGGCGCCAAGUACAUCAUGGGCUAUAUCUCCAAAAUAUCGGGAGGAGGCCCCAAAGUGCAGCAUGUGAAGGACAUCAUCCUGCAGUCCAACCCUCUCCUGGAGGCCUUUGGAAACGCCAAGACUGUGCGGAACAACAACUCCAGCCGAUUCGGGAAAUACUUCGAGAUCCAGUUCAGCCCGGGAGGGGAGCCGGACGGAGGCAAGAUCUCCAACUUUUUGCUGGAGAAGUCUCGGGUGGUGAUGCGGAACCCUGGGGAGAGGAGCUUCCACAUCUUCUACCAGCUGAUCGAAGGCGCCUCAAGCGACCAGCGAUCCAGCCUCGGCAUCACCAGCAUGGAUUACUACCACUACCUGAGUCUCUCGGGAUCCUACAAGGUGGACGACAUCAACGACAAAUCCGAUUUCCAGGAAACGCUGCACGCCAUGAACGUGAUUGGGAUCUUUGCGGAGGAGCAGGCGCUGGUGCUGCAGAUCGUGGCCGGGGUCCUCCACCUAGGCAACAUCAGCUUCAAGGAGGCCGGGAACUACGCCGCUGUGGAGAGCGAAGAGUUCCUGGCCUUCCCGGCCUUCCUGCUGGGCAUCGACCAGAGCCGCCUCCGGGAGAAGCUGACCAGUCGGCAAAUGGACAGCAAGUGGGGCGGGAAGUCUGAGUCCAUCCAUGUCACCCUCAACGUGGAGCAGGCCUGCUACACCCGGGACGCCUUGGCCAAGGCCCUCCAUGCCCGGCUCUUCGACUUCCUGGUGGAGUCCAUAAACAAGGCGAUGGAAAAAGACCAUGAAGAAUAUAACAUCGGUGUCCUGGACAUCUACGGUUUCGAGAUCUUUCAGAAAAACGGCUUUGAGCAGUUCUGCAUCAAUUUUGUUAACGAAAAGCUGCAGCAGAUCUUUAUCGAACUGACGCUGAAAGCAGAACAGGAAGAAUACGUCCAGGAAGGGAUCCGCUGGACGCCCAUCGACUACUUCAACAAUAAGAUUGUGUGCGACCUCAUAGAGAACAAAGUGAACCCACCGGGCAUCAUGAGCAUCCUGGAUGAUGUCUGCGCCACGAUGCACGCAGUGGGCGAGGGGGCCGACCAGACACUGCUCCAGAAGCUCCAGAUGCAGAUUGGGACCCAUGAGCACUUCAACAGUUGGAACGAGGGCUUCAUCAUCCACCACUACGCCGGGAAGGUGUCCUAUGACAUGGACGGCUUCUGCGAGAGGAACCGAGAUGUCCUCUUCACGGACCUGAUUGAACUCAUGCAAAGCAGCGAACUGCCUUUCAUCAAGGCGUUGUUUCCAGAGAGCCUCCAGGCCGAGAAGAAAGGCCGACCGACGACGGCUGGCAGCAAAAUCAAGAAACAAGCCAACGACCUUGUGGGCACGCUGAUGAAAUGCACGCCGCAUUAUAUCCGCUGCAUCAAACCCAACGAGACCAAGAAGCCCCGAGACUGGGAGGAGAGCAGGGUCAAACAUCAGGUGGAAUACCUGGGCCUCAAAGAGAACAUUCGCGUGCGGCGAGCUGGGUAUGCUUACAGGCGUGCAUUCAAGAAAUUCCUGCAGAGGUACGCCAUCCUGACCAAGGCCACCUGGCCCACCUGGAAAGGCGACGAGAAGCAAGGAGUGCUCCACCUGCUCCAUUCGGUCAACAUGGACCCCGACCAGUUCCAGCUGGGAAGAACCAAGGUCUUCAUCAAAGCCCCGGAGUCUCUCUUUUUGCUGGAGGAGAUGCGCGAACGGAAGUAUGACGGCUACGCGCGGGCGAUUCAGAAAGCGUGGCGGAAAUAUGUGGCCAGGAAGAAAUACGUGCAAAUGAGGGAAGAAGCCUCCGACCUGUUGCUGAACAAGAAGGAGAGGCGGAGGAACAGCAUCAACCGGAACUUCGUGGGCGACUACAUCGGGAUGGAGGACCGGCCAGAGCUGCGCCAGUUCCUGGGCAAACGCGAAAAGGUCGACUUCGCCGACACAGUCAUCAAAUACGACAGGAGGUUUAAGGGCAUCAAGCGCGACCUCAUCCUCUCCCCAAAGUACGUCUACCUGAUUGGGCGCGAAAAAGUGAAGCAGGGCCCCGACAAAGGCUUGGUGAAGGAGGUGCUGAAACGGCAGAUCGAGUUGGAGAGAGUCCUCUUCGUGUCCCUAAGCACGAUGCAGGACGACCUCUUUGUCUUGCAUGAGCAGGAGUACGACAGUCUCCUUGAAUCGGUCUUCAAGACGGAGUUCCUGAGCCUCCUGGCCAAGCGCUACGAGGAGAGGACCUACCGGAGGCUGCCCCUGAAAUUCAGCAACACGUGAGUGGCUCCAAACGGUUCCUUCCCUGUGGUGGUCUA